AUGACCUCUAAAUUACAGCCGCUGGAUCAGGGAGUAAUUCAAAACUUGAAAGUUUUUUAUCGUACCAGAAUAGUAAAAGAAGCACUAAAGCGUAUAGAUGCAAACGAAAAACAAGAUAUUACACUUAUGGAUUGCAUCAAUCAUCUAACAAAAGCUUGGGAUAUUGACGUCAAAAAUCAAACCAUAGCGAAUUGCUUCAAAAAAGCUGGAUUUGGUCAAUAUUCUGAAUGGGAAGAGGAAGAUGACGUACCUCUGAGUUUUUUAAGUACUACUGAUGAAUAUCAAAGUGUAAUUGAAGCUGAUUACGAAGCAUGGUUAAAAGCAAACAAAAUAACUUGCAGUGCUACUCUUCAGGAUUAUAUUGCAGUAGAUAAUGACCAUUGCACAACUGGCUUUCCUACAGAUGCUGAUAUUGUUGAGAAUUACUGCCCUGAAUUAGAUGAUCCAAUAUUAAGCGAAACGGAGAGUGACGGCGAGGGAUCGGUAGAAGAAACUAUUCACCAGCCUUCCAGAAAUGAUGUAGAAAAUGCUUUCCGAACAUUGAGUUUAUAUUUGCAAACAAAUGACACUACAACUGAUGAGCACUAUAAUGCUUUAAACAAAUUAGACUCAAUUUUUACUGAAAAUACCAAAAAAAAGAAAAUUUUCAGUCUCUAA